GCCGCCAUUGGCCGCUGUCUGCGCUGACGUCACGAUCAUGCUGAGAAUGGCUGAUCGGGGCCGCUGAUUUCAUUGUGUGACGCCGGGACCCGCCCAGCCCCGGCCGCCUGCAGCCGCAGCCCCGCGCAGCACGAUGAAUCUGCGUUCUGUAUUUACUGUAGAACAACAAAGGAUAUUACAGCGUUAUUAUGAAAAUGGAAUGACAAAUCAAAGUAAAAAUUGCUUUCAGCUCAUAUUACAGUGUGCACAAGAAACUAAGCUGGACUUCAGUGUAGUCAGGACGUGGGUUGGCAAUAAAAGAAGGAAGAUGAGCAGCAAGAGUGCUGUAGAAUCUGGAGGCACUCCCCCAGGGACUGCCCCUACUACUCCCUCAGUACCUCCAGAAGCAGCAGUUAGAAAUGUGGUAAAUAUUGCUCGAUCCCAAAGUCAGCAGUCUUCUUGGACCUCUUCUAAUAACGAUGUAAUAGUUACUGGUAUAUACAGUCCUGCUAGUUCAUCCAGUAGGCAAGGAUCCACCAAGCAGACAAAUGCUUCAAUGGCAGAGAUACACAAAACCUCUAUUCCAAGACUCUCGGGAAAAAAUGACACAGACUUUCAGCAGCAGCACAUCCCUAUAGGACGACAAGUACCACACUGUAAAAAUGCUUCCCUAUUAGUAGGGGAAAAGACUAUUAUUUUAUCUAGACAAACAAGCGUACUGAAUUCUGCGAACUCCAUAUAUAGCCACACUAAAAAAAGCUAUGGUGGCUCGUCAGUGCAGACCGCAGAGUUGGUGUUACCUCAGAAACCGAUGAUAUGCCACAGACCUUGUAAAGCUGAACCCGUGGGAUGUCAAAGGUUACAAAAACCGGAACAUGCAGCUCUUGCAUCGCAUGUGCCCCCCGGACAAAGGGCUAAUACUAGGGACCCUUCUUGUAACACGCAAAACCUGGAAAUUCGUGAAGUGUUUUCUCUGGCGGUUACAGAUCAACCUCAAAGAAUUGUGGGAGGAAGCACGGCACAGAAGCACUGCUCGGGGGAAGGCAGCUGUCUGUCCAUUGCGAUGGAAACUGGAGAUGUGGAUGACGAGUAUGCUAGAGAAGAAGAACUGGCAUCCAUGGGAGCACAAAUACAAAGCUAUUCAAGAUACUGUGAAAGUAGCAGUUCUGUUCGAGUAGAGAACCAAAGCGCGGCCUUGCCGGGGCCAGGAAGAAACAUGAGCUGUAGUUCUCAGAUGGUGAAUGCCAGGGACGUGCCUGACAAUGUUCUGUAUCAUAACAGAGACUACCACUUGCCUGCACGGACCUCAUUGCAUACAACAUCCAGUACAUUAUAUAGCAGUGCUAAUCCAUCAAGAAGUACUUUUUCUCCUCAUUUUACAUCUUCAAGUCAACUGAGGCUGUCACAAAACCAAAAUAAUUACCAGAUUUCAGGAAACCUUACUGUGCCUUGGAUUACAGGUUGUUCCAGAAAAAGAGCAUUACAGGACCGCACACAAUUUAGUGACCGAGACUUAGCUACCCUAAAGAAAUACUGGGAUAAUGGCAUGACCAGCCUGGGCUCAGUCUGCAGAGAGAAAAUUGAAGCUGUUGCUGCGGAAUUAAAUGUUGACUGUGAAAUAGUGCGGACGUGGAUUGGGAAUCGAAGACGGAAAUACCGUUUAAUGGGGAUUGAGGUCCCACCCCCUAGAGGAGGUCCUGCUGAUUUCUCUGAUCAAUCUGAAUUUGUUUCUAAAUCAGCACUUAAUCCAGGAGAGGAAACUGCUACUGAAGUGGGGGAUGAUAAUGAUAGGAAUGAUGAAGUAUCAAUCUGCUUAUCUGAAGGAAGCUCACAAGAAGAGACAAAUGAAGGUCUUCAAAAUGAAGAAAUUCAUCACAAAGAAGAUGAUCAGAAUCCAGUAUCUACUGAUAAUGUGAAAAUAGAAAUUAUAGAUGAUGAAGAAAGUGAUAUGAUAAGUAAUUCUGAAGUGGAUCAAAUGAGUUCUCUUCUGGAUUAUAAGAAUGAAGAAGUCAGAUUCAUUGAAAAUGAGUUGGAGAAUCACAAACAGAAGUAUUUUGAAUUACAGACGUUUACUCGGAGUUUGAUACUUGCUAUUAAAUCAGAUGAUAAAGAACAGCAGCAGGCACUGCUCUCAGACUUACCUCCUGAAUUAGAAGAAAUGGAUUUCAAUCACACGUCCCCAGAGCCUGAUGAUACCUCAUUCAGCUUGUCGUCUUUAUCAGAGAAAAAUGCCUCAGACAGUUUGUGAUUUUUUUUUCCAAUUAUUUUAACUGACAAAAAGAAACCCCGUGUAACGUGUAGGUUUCAAGAGAACAGCAUUUUGCUAUCCACUGUUCUUCAGUCCAAAACAGAAAGCCCAAGGUGAAGUAGACCUGCCUGAAGGAUGACUGUAGUACGUAAUGGCUGCAGUUUGCAGUGUCAAGAAGUUUCGAGUGUUGCUUUUGCUAAAUGAAAGAACCGUGUGAGGAAAUGUUUCACUUUUAGCAGUUUGGCCUUGAUUAGGAUAACUUCUGACUUUCAAGAAUAACCCUUGCUCUGUAGCGAAGUCCUUUUGAGCAGGGAUCCAAGAAUGGAAAACAAAUAUCCUAUUAUACAGACAGCUAAUUUUUCGGAGUAGCUUGCUCACCAGUCCCAGUUUUAUAUUUUUCUCCAUUUUUACUCAGGUAGGCGGACUAAAAAUUGGGAAUCCAAAUAAAAUAAUGAUUUUUUUUUUUUGAGUUGUGCUUGAACCCUUUGAAAAUCUGAAAUUAAACUAAAGUGUUCUUCAUUACAUGACUUCAGAUUAUUGAAUCUUCUAUUUUCUGACCAAAAUAGCUGAAAACACUUUGAAAGCCUAACUGAAUAAUUUGAAUUACCAUCAAUAAAUUAUUAAUGUACAGAAGCAGUCCAUACGUGUUGUAACAAAUUAGAUUGUGGGAAACCUGAGAGCUGUGGAAUGUGACUUUCUGAUAUUGUCACAAUAGCAAUGGGUUUAGAUAUGUUUACACUACUGCUUGGGGUUUAUGAAUGUAGUUACAGAUUUUCUUCAAGUCUGAAUGCUAAAGUUCAUUGUUUUUAAGUAUCGUUUACUUAUUUUUCAACAAACUUUACUCUUUUUUAUCAAGACACUGUCUUAAAUCCACAGCUGUCAUUGUGUCCUGAAAGGCAUUUAAGUAUUUGGAACUGAGCAUUGCAGAUCUUCAUGUGACCUGUUUAUAAGUGUCCCUGUCUGACGAAUUUUUUGGCAAGUGCCGUGUUACCGUUGCCAUCUCUAAAAUGUGAGAUUGAUUGCAGGCAGUGACUGAAAUGAAUUCUUCCUUUCCCAGCUGUCAUUCACAUUGAAUCUCUUCACUCAUCUGAAAGUGGAUGUGCAGACACAUUCAGAUAAACUUCGCAGGGCAUGUAGGUGCAUGCUCCUAUUAUUAAUGCUCUAUAAUUUCUAAUGUGAAUAUUCCUCAGCAAGCAUUUUUGAAACAUACCUUACAUCAAAUAAUAAUUUAGUCUGGUGAAUCCCUAUUCAUGCAGUACAGUAAGUAAUCCCGUUAAUUUCAGUGGUAGGUCCUAGGUGUAGCUCAGAAAAUUCAAGAGUGUUGGGUGGGUGGGAGUGGGGACAAAAACAUUUUUUUUAUUUAAUACUGGAAUUAACUCAUCAACUUCAGUUUUUUCUCAGUCUGGUCUGGCCCUCCCUAAUUACUUCUGCAGAUUUUCUCUUCUUAGUAUCUGUAGUGAGCUCUUUUUUUUUUUUUUUUUUCUGUUUCCAUGUUGUCCUUGGACAUGGGGAGUUUGUAACUGUACUGUUAAAUGCCAGUUGCAUAAAGGAUAGUAGCAGUUUUAAAAGUUUUUUAGAGAAAAAAACAAAAAAGGUUUCACAGUUCUGAUUACUCUACAAUUCAGUUAGUAUUUGGUCCUCAAAAGACCUCUUGCCAUCUAUUAUACAGAGUAACCCCACAAAAGGAUGCUGUUGGGCCUGUAUUUGAGUUUAGAUAAUAAAACUCAACAUAGUAGCCCAUGAGGGAGAGAAGGCACUCUGCAUAACCAGUGUGUAAGGGGCACAUUGUUCACCCUCUCGCUACCUGAGCUGAAAUAUCCCAUCCUGGCUGGCAGAAACAUCCUCAUAUCCUUACUCAAAGGAGGAACAAUAUUUUACAUCCCUGCUGAAAUGACCACCAAUCUAAAAUGAAUUAAGGUUCGUGAGCAAAGAUCACAAUACUGUCCUUCAAAUGUGAGAUAGAGCUCAACUGUAAUUCUGCUCACUGUGGAAAAAAUAUUUUACAAAGGGUUUUUUAUACUGAGUUAACAAUGCUCUCUAUUACUGUUCUCUUGAGAUAGGAAAUUUGUGCCCCUGACAAUAAAGCCUCUUGUUUCCUGUGAGCUUUGCUGAAAUAAUGAAAAAAUAGUACUGAGAUUUGCCACUACUUGGACCCUGUUUUCUUGCUGCUUUUGCUUAAAUUCCCAUGACAAAGGGCAGGAAACUCUUGCGGAGAGUUCUUGAUUUUGUGGUCAGUUAAGUUAUCCACCUUUAUACAAGAAAACUUUCAUUGCUAAUAACUGGUAUUUGCCCUGUCUUGCUUUUAUUUGAUGUGCCAAAUAAAUUGAAGUAAAUAGUUUUGAAUGAACUACUGUCAGAUUCAAGCAAUUACACAAGUCCCUUUUCUCAAGGAAGUGGGAAUCGUCUUUAGGAUGUGCAGCUAAAAUACUAGCUGCAGUCACCACCCCCGUCGUCGCUUCGGACAUGUUGUUCUUUGGUCCUUUUCUGCUGUAGGGUGACAAGACAAAACACAGUGAAGUAGUCACAAACGUGUGACAAUAUUAGAGGCUAUUCAGGAGGAAGAGGUAUGAAUUAUAUUUCUGCAUAAUGACGUACUGUGCAAGAUCAUACUGCACAGCUGUUCUGCGCACUUUGUCCAAUAUCAGUAUGUAUUUCCUGUCAUGGGUAAAACAAAACUCUUAUUGCUAUAUUACCGUUGCUGGUUAUUUAAAAUGUUGCAGCAACGAUAGUUUUGCAGUUCAGUGGCUGAAAAGCAACACGCUCGUAACGCAAAGUGUAACGGUCCUUCAGAGUUACGGAAAGCACAUAGCGAAGUAUUGCAGAAUAGACGAGCGCCACACAUGCUUUAUGGCUUUGUGAUUUCGUGUUUUUUUGGUUUGCUUGUGUCCCUAACAGACUUAAUGUGCCCCUCAAAUUUGCAGAUUACGUCCAGAUCCUGGUAACUUGUAUCAGUUCAGCUGGACCUUGGAACAGGAUGAUGGAAUUUGGCGUUGUUGCCAUCCGUAUUCCUGACCAGCUUUGUCUUAGCAAUUGUGCUGAGAAGCAUCAGGUUCUACUGUGGAGUCAUCAGGAUGCUCAUUUCCAUUCCGAGAGUUCUUCAGGUGAUGGAAAAUGAUAGUGAUAGCUCUCUGGGCCCAUGACAUAUUUAGGGUUUUGGUUUGUGUUUAUUUCCUCUGCUCAUAGGAUGAACACAAAAGCACGCGUUAGCUGGUUCAGCAUUAGCACAGACUUUCCAUGACAGAGAAAGCUGAUGUCGCGUUGUGUCAUGAUGAAAGAAAUAAGUCCCCCUUGCUGUUUCCCUGGUUUAGAUCUGUAACUUGAAUCACCGCCGCAGCCGAAGUGCUGUGUAUUGAUGUUUUCAUUGUCUUGCUGCUAAGGCUCUCAUUUGUUUGUCCAUGGAAGAUGACUUGGCAGGCGUUGUUUAUUCCUAAUGCAUCUGUUGGAAUAUGAAUGGCCAAUCUUUCUGAAGAAACCAAAGUGGGAAAAGGUAGUUUGGAAAAGACUCUUUACAACAGAAAGAGGGCGCUCUCCUUUCUUAAGGAGCAGUGCAGUUCUUUGCUAGCAAGCUUGCUAAUUCUUAAGAAAGCUGCUUCCUGAAGCUAUGCCUCUUUUCAUUUCCCUGCAGAUGUUGCUUCUGUCAAGUGUAGAGGUCUAACAGGAGUAAUAGUAAAUAUUCUAAUAGGUUAAUUUUGGCAGAUUUAAAAGUACGCGAACAGAUGUACCAUACAAGUGUCAAUUUUCUUGAGUACUUGGCUCUUGAAGCAGCACUGCACUUUAAUCUUUCCAAGUGUUUCUUUUUCGCUAAGGCAAUAAAAAGUCUGAAAAUGACAAGCAGAUCAUGGGCUUUGCAGUCCUCUGGGUUUAAAAAAAAAAAAAGCUUCAUUUUCUAAAUUUGGGAAGCAGCUUGUCAGGUCUAUUAACCAAACGAGGACAGUAAUAUGUACCGUUGUGGUUAUAGAGCUGAAAUGAUAGGACAAAUCAACCAGAUCAUGCACACCUUUAUUGUGGAAAUCACUGGUUAAAAUUCAUCAGCUAUCUGAUUUGGGGUCUCUAUUGCACUACCGUAUUAGUAACGUUAAAAAGAAGAUAAUGCACAGCACUAACUUUUCCAUAGGUACUAUAGUCGUAGCUGACUGUUGGUCUCAGGAUACUGAUAGAAUAAGAUAAGAAAAUAAUAUGCUUAAAUGGAAUAGCACACAGAAUAUCUGAAACAUGAAGAAUUAGUAACUUGUAAUAUUGCAACCAAAAGUGUAAUUUACUACCUCCAGUCCUGCUGCCCAGAUCCUUCAGGUCAGCCCGUGAAUUACAAGGAUGCUUUCCUUGUUGGAGGAACUAGCAGCUGUCUAACUCUCAAUUUUCAUUUCAGGACUCUACCUUUUCUGCCCAAAAAUAAUCAUAACACUUUAAGUUAUCAAUUGUGAGGUGCCUGGCCAAAGUUAGAGGAUGGUAAGAAAGCUCCAGCUAGUUAUUAGAGAAAACAGGAGCUGGUUUACAGCGUUUGAUUUAUCUGACCAAUUAAUACUUCAGUACAUUGGCCAAAUGUUGAAAGUUAUGAGCAAAAAAUAAGAAAAAAGGUACUACAAAAUGCUUUCUGCGGCAGAAUAGGGUUUUUACUCUUGACUAAAGAGUAUUUGUCUCUCUAAGAUAGUGACUGACAUUUUGGUCAGAAGACAACACAGAAAAGAGGCAGAAACUCGGGCUCGUGGUGGUUGUUUGUUAUUGUUUUUAGACAAAAAAGCAAUCCUCUUCAAUAAAUGAUGCUUAAGAAUGUUUCUGUAAGGAAAAUGGUUUCAGGUCAGUGCUUGGGUUGUGGUGAACAUUUUACUGUAUGACGGAACUAAGUAAAUCUUUUCCAACUCUGUAUUACAUUUUACACACACUACCUCUGAAACAUAACACCACCUUUAAAACCACACAGAAAAUGUGAAUUUAAAAAGUUUUUAUAGGCAAUAAAUUAUUUCCAA